AUGGCAACCCAAACAUCUACGGAGACGCAGUCUGUUUCGCUAAAGAUCAAGGGAAAAGUAGCCGAUCUUGACAAGCAUGUCAAUCUUUCCAAGUUUUCGAAAGACGUGCCAAAGGCGGACUAUGACCGAGCCGUGGAUCUGAUCAAGUCCAGGCUUGAUAACAUGUCUCUCGUUGCAGCCAGGCUUUCACUUACUCUCGGACCAAAUCAUCCCCCGUUGCUAAUCGAUGCUCGGCCAAACCCUGCGACCCUAAGUUUCAUAACUGGGGAAUUGCCUGAAGAUCUGGACGCUCAGGUCUACAUCACCGCUAUCAUGAUCAAAAGAUUCGUAGAUGGCCUGAUGGACGCUCGCUAUGCUCUCAACUGGGGUCAUAUCUUCCUGCUCACUGGGCCCACGCGGGUCGGAGUCAAGUUUGUCGAUGCCCUAACCCCAUUCAACGCCGUCCAUCCUAAGCUUGACCGGCUGGAUCUGAAAGAUUUGCCAAAACCUACCGAGGACAUUGAGCAGGUCAAGCGAGAUCUUGAUGUAUGGGGAUAUGGCUUUGUCAAGAAUGCCCUCACUCCAGAAGAAGUCCGAGUGUUGAGGAAACGGCUCAUGGACCAGGCCAAGGGCGAGGCCGAUGCCGGCAUUGGAUUCUUUGACGGCGGUGAGAAGAAACCGAAUCAACGUGUCUGGUGCUUGCCGAAUAAGGGCAAGGAGUUUAUCGAUUUGCUGGAGAACAACAAGACCAUUAAAGACAUGGUUCCGGACUUUCUUGGAGAUGACGCUAUCUUGUUCUCAUACACUGCGAAUAUUGCUCGACCGGGCAACACCCCGAUGCACAUGCAUACUGAUCAAAUUACGAUUCAGCCACCAAUCAGAUCCGUUGCCGUUGGUAUGAAUUUGAUGUAUUUCCUCGAAGAUGUCACCCCAGAGAAUGGCGGAACUCUGGUCAUGCCGGGUAGCCACAAAGGCAACUGGGCGCCGGACGACCCGUACGAUCCAGUUGAUACUGUGGCAGCAGCUGGUCCUGCGGGGACUUGUAUGGUUUUUGAAAGUAGACUGUGGCAUGCGACGGGCGCGAACAAGAUGCCAGCAGACAGCGGGAGUGAGCGACCGGUCAUUCUGGUUUUCUUCACGCGACCUUGGAUGAGACAGCAAGAGAAUUACUCGUUGUCCGUCAAGGAGGACGUGCUUGCCAAGUGCUCGGACAAAGUCAAGGGCUACAUGGGAUUCAAGACAAGUGGAAGCAUUGGUGGCGUUCAGACCAAGAAGAAGGACGGGGAAAUUGUGAGAAGACCAAAGGAGGACGAGUAUAUCGGUGUCAUGGGUGUGGGCAGUUCUAGGUAUUAA